AUGAAGAAAAUUGUAGAGGUUAAAGUGGUCUUUAAGAAAAAUAAUCCACAAUCUCCUAGCAAAGAAAGUGAGGGCUGUGGUCCAGAGCCUGAUGACAAGGCAGAGGCAAACAUAAUAUUCAGUGGAGAUGAUAAAGGAGAUAUCUGUGAUAAAAAGGAGACUAAAGAUGACUUAACUGAAGUUGCAGCAAAUAUCUCUGCUUCUAAGGACAUUGAAUCGAAAGCCAGCGGAGCUCAGUCAUGGCCAAAGGCAUCUAACAAACACACUAUGAGACCGCGGUUGUAUCAAAUGAAUUCGAACCAAACACGGCCCAGCUUGUUUGGUGAAAGGGUGGGAGGGACUCAUGUUGUGUCCCAUGAGAGAGAAUCUUUGUUGUCUCACCGCUGUCUUUCAGAGAAUUUUGUUGAGAAAGCAAUGGAUGGUGAAUAUCAAAAGAAACCUAUGUCCAUGAAGAGUGAGGCAAAAGAAAAAUAUGAUUUAAAUGAUUCACACAGCAGUUUGUCACAUUGUGAACUCGGUGAAAAAUGUGACACUAGCAUUGGAUCCUUUAACCCUUUUAAAAAGUCACCCAUUUGUUCUUCAUCAAACAAUGAAAGUUUCAAUGUUGACAGUAAUCUCUUGGACAAUAAUUGUGACAGCUUAGAUCACAUUCUUCGGGAUUCUAAGAGUAAGACACGUAGGAAAAAAGACAGAAUAUCUACAUCAAGUGAGAAAGAGUCAAGUAGUGCUUGUUCGCACAGAAAUUCUGUUGUUAAUGAUAUCGUGGCUAAUGCCUCAAAAACUGAGGUAGUUUGUGCCCAAUGUGGAAUCACAUUGCCCAAGCCUCAGUGCUUCUAUAGCCUGGGUUCCCUGUGCACUGAUGGGGAGGUUUGUGAGACAGACUCAGAUGACAUAAACCGUCACCCUGUAGAAGACAUUGAUGAUGAGCGGCCACUUGCUGAGGUUCAAAGUCACCAUGAUACGGGAUAUACAAGCAGUGAUGACUUUGAAAAUGAAAGUACUCUCUCAAAAGAGCUUGACCAAGUUUGGUCACAUGACAAGCGAGAGACUGAUAGUUACGAUGGGGAUUAUGAGACUGAUAAUGAAGAAAAUGCUUUUAAACCUGACAGCUUGAGUGAUGACAAGGCUUUAAAGCCUCUUGUUUCUGUUGGUGAGCCUGUACCAAUUAAGGACUAUGCAUUAAGAGAAUGGAAAAGUGACACGCCUACUUCAACUGCUAUGAAAAAGGUAACCAUUCACAUAGUUACUACCUUUUCCUUGGUCACAUGGUUACUUUUCCUUCAAGUAACUUUAAGUAAGCAAAAUAUAUCCAUCAACACUGCUGGAGAUAGUGAACUGAGUAAACUUACCAAGUUUAAAGGUGAUACUUCAAAGGCCAGCAAAGAUGCUCCUUAAGGUGGAGAAAUUCUACAGAUGUUCAGUAGUUUUGAGGGCCACAAGUUUAUUAGCCUUGGGCUAUUUAGUGUUAUGCUCAUUAAUUAAAGGCAUUAUUAUUAUUAUUGUUUGUAUGGUGGUUGUCCCCCACCGUACAUGCUGAGGCAAAGCAUCAUCGUAAUUUUGCGAUGUUGCAAACUUGGCAAAUUUACUGUGAUUAAAGUGUUUUUUCCUUGUGGUAUUGAUGGAUAUUUGCUAACUGGUCCCUGUCAAAAGUUGAAAAAACCAUGGAAGGUAGUAUUAAGUCACUACUAGAUUGUGUUUUCCCACAAUCUGCAGAAUGCUUCAUUCAAACAUAUGUACCAUUCUCAGCCUUGUCCAAUAUUGUUAAUGUAGCAAGAACAAAGUACAGCAGGUUUACUGUAAGUAGCUGUAGGUACAUGUACAGUGUUCAUUCAAGUUCUGUGUGUAUUUUGCAGGGAUAUGGUCGCAUAUCAUCACUUACCGGGUGUCACCAUCUUCGUCAAAUAAGAGGAGAUAAUUACUGUGCAAUAAGAGCAGUGCUGUUUCAGGUGUUAGCUGGAAAACUCCCUGUAUUGAAUUUGUUUACAGCUACAUGUGAUAAGAAGCCUAAACUUGAAAAGGUGAGCCCAGCUUUGUGGUUUAGAAGUGCAGUCAAAUGUCUGUAAUAGCUGAUUUAUUACUCUGAACAUCUUUUUUGCAUGCUAUGUUAUUGAGAUAAAACACGUGUGUCUUUGUGGUAUUUAAUUGUGUUUCUCAUGACAAGGUUUUGGUCUUACAAACUGAUAAAAUUAAUUUGAUAAUGUCAAGGCUGUGCCCUAGCAGCACCUAGUGGCCUAGUGGCACCCAACUUUUGCUCCCAGGCAACUAGAAAAUCUUAGUUUUUUCAUAGAAAUCAUAUGCUGGGCACCCUGGAUUUCAGAGGUUCAGAGCCACUGGGCUCCCUUCAAUUUUUCUUAGAGCACAGCCUUGAAUAUACUUAUGGUAAAGUGGAACCCUACUUUACAGACACCCACUUAAUAUGGACACUCAUUCAUAGUGGACAGUUUUGUCAACACCUGACAGUUUAGUUUAACAGUUGGUUAAUGAGGACACUAUGGCGUGUUCCCUUGGUGUUUGUAUUAACCAAAGUUCCACUGUAUUUAUGUCUUGUUUUGAGAAAAGGUCACCUCAAGGAUUGUGGUGUGUUAUGUUUUCAUAAUUACAUGUAGACUUGUUUAGUGAGUAAAUAAACUGAUCUUUUCAUUCCUUUGAGAUUUUUACCACUCCAUUGGUCUGGUCCUCACAGGUCUGCUACUAGGAAGGGUACAUGUGGUUUUGUCAUCUGAGUCAAAAUUUUGCUUGAAAUUGCCCCAAUUACUUUUUCUUUCUGUCUUUCUUUCUUGCUUUAAAUUAUUUCUUGUUUGAAAGUCUUUGCAGCCUAACAACUAAUGAUUUAUGGCACUUUUUGUUCUGAGGUUUGUGUGUUGCAAAGCAUCAUGUACUGCACUGCCUGAAUCAGGAAGUGUCGUCCAAAUCUACACUUCAACCUAUAGUCUGAGUUUGAGCAUGAGCUUUUCUCUUUUGCAGAUCUGUACUUCACAUUCUUUUCUUGACCAGUGGAGCUUUGCCAACAGAUUACCUGUUCCAAAGAAGGAAAUAAGAACCACCCUAGAGAAAUUCUUGGUCUUUUUCAGCAACCAGGUACAACAUAAAUGAUAUUUGAACCUCUUGCUUUUCAAAAAUGUAUAUGGACAUGUGCAGCUAGUUUUCUAGAGUGGAUGUCCAACGUGUGUGUCAUUUCAUUAAUUUCCAUUCAUAAACGUGUCAUGUGAUUGUAAUUUACUUUACAGACCAGCAAAAUAUGUGACCUCCCUGGCCAACCAGAAAGAAUAGAAUCUACUCUGUCCUUGCUCAACCAUGAAACUGAAGAAUUUAAGAUCCUUGAGGCCACCAAACUGUUGAUGUAUGAUGCCGCUGUUCACUUGUAUUCAAUGCUCAGCCGUGGGGAAGAUAUUCCUGUAUUUGCGAUGCUAUUGUUUGCCCGUGACUCAUCUGAAUCGCCGCGGGGCUUGUUAAUUAAUCAUUUAAACAGAACGGGAGACACGGGAGGACUGGAACAGGUGAGCUUAGCAAAGUAUGCAUAGUAACAGCCUGCGAGCAAUCCCUCCAUUUAUAGCGAGUGUAGCAAGCCGCGAGAGAACACGUGACCGAGCAACUAGGGCGCCCCUCGCACUCCCGUCUCCUUUCGCGUGCUGCUCUCGCGUGACUUCUCGCAACUCCCUCAAAUGGAGGGCUAACAGUAACGCUAAACCAUAAACACAACAUCCCUUGUAAAAAUGGUUGUAAUGUGUUUACUCGUGAAACUAUUUAGAGUUCUUAAAAUUAAUGUGUCCGUGCGUUUCAAAUUGGAAUUUUGAAGAGUUGGUUUUUGAGGAAAGAGGAAAACAGGAGAACCGGGAGGAAAACCUCUCGGAGCAAGGGAGAGACCCAACGACAAACUUAACCCAUAUAUGGCAUCGUCGCAGAGAUUUGAACCCGCGUCACAUUAAUGGGAGGCGAGUGCUCUCACCACUGCUCCACCCUUGCCUGCAUGUGUACUAUAAAUGUUCUUUGAAUCAGACAUAAAAUCCAGAGGAAACUCGUUAAAUGUGACAGUUGCGCGUGCUAAAUCUCGCCAGCUACUCUGGCCUAAGCACGCCCAACGGAAGUGGAACCUACCGCUAGGACCUAGUCCUUACACUGAGGUACCGUUAGGAUACUACCACUACUGAGCAAUUUGAAUAAACACUUGUUGGACAAGGCCAUAGAUAGAACAUUUUGUGAUUUAGACCUUAUACAGUUGCACCUCUCCACAAUGGCCACCUUGGGUACAGAGGAAAGUGGUCGUUGUAGAGAGAUGCCUGUCAGUGGAGGUUCAACUUUAUAUAGAUUACCCGUGUUUUAACAAUGCUUUGUUGUCUCUAGGUGGAGAUGUGUUUGCUUGGAUACACUCUUGGAGUAGUCAUACAAGUUAUUCGUCCUUCUCAAGUAGAUAAGGAGGAUUUUAUAGCGUAUUACCCUUCUUUAGAUGACGCGUCAAAGUACACGCCCAUGGUGACUCUUGUAGCGGAAGACGAUAGACACUAUAACAUUGUCAUGUAGAUUGAUUUAAGUAGUACCGGUGCAGUGUACCAAUUCUCUGCUGUAACAACAAAUUGACGUUUAAAGGGCCGUUUCCGAGUCCCCAAAAAAUCACAUUUUCAAAACGAGGUCAAGUGCAAAGGUGUUUUUCAUUUCCAUAGGAACCAAAAAAUCAUUUUCAUAUCAAUGGCUUUACGCUUAACCUCGAGUUGAAACAGAGGCUUGGAGCAACUCGGCAGUUGCCUAUUGAUGAAGAGAAUCCUACAUUGUGAGAUAUGACGUGAUUACUUGUUAAGAAUCAACAAGAGGGGAUAAUUAUCCUCUCAUGGAAUCAACCAACUCAGGUUCAAG